AUGCUGACCAACAAUACUUCAGGAACAGUGAGCUCUGUGCAAGGCAGCAUUAAUCAUGAGAAAAGACUUAGUGACUGCAAUGAAAUGCUAAAAAACUCCUUGAACUCUACAUCUUUUGAUUAUAACAAUGUGGUAGAUUUUAACCUGAGAUCAAAUGUCUUCCAAGGUGGCUCACUGGAAUGCCAAAGCUUGAUGAAAGGUUCCUACACCCCUGAUAUAAUUCAGAAGGCAAUCAGAGAUCCCAAGAAUUGGCAUGGAAGGAGGACUGAUGAGCUAGGGAAAUGGCAUCAGAAAAAUGCCAUAAAACUUAACCUGCUGAAAGCAUUGGAGGACAAAUACGGAAAGAAGGACAAGACUUAGAAGAUAAACAUUGAGGGUUGGAGUACAUUCAGCAAGAGAUCUUCCUCAGUCAUCUAAUAAACAUCCAUAUAAAGCAUGAACCCAUUGCUUGCUAGUUGUAAACAGCAGAUUGGUUGCUGGUGCUCUCUGCCCCUCUCAUUUAGGGUGUCUUUGGG